CGUGCUACGCAUGUCAGGAAGUCCAUGUCGGCUUUCCGUACGUGGCAGAAGUUGUGUGUAUAUUCUUGGCAUUUAUAACGAUUCAGAGGGUUUGGUGGUCAUUCGAGAUAACAGAAUUUGAUGCAGACAAGUGUUUAGAUGAGGAUUACAAGUGCCUGGUAUAGGAUAUGAGUGCACAGUUCCCCGGUAACUAUGGAUACAACCAAGGUGGAGCCCCACCUCCCCCUGGCCCUAUGGGUGGGAUGCCACCACGCCCAGGCCCCCCAGGUGGCAACAUGUACAACCACAAUGGUCCUGCCCCACCUAUGCAGCCAGGGCCCCCAGGUGCAGGACAAUUUGGAGGUGCCCAACCCCCACAGCCACAGAUGAUGAAACCAGGCCCACCUCAGAUGGGCCAUGGGCCGACCCAAAAUGGACCUACAUCUCAAAAUGGCCCACCACCUGGCCCACAUGGGGAUAACCGAUUUGGAGCUCAGCGGGGCCCAGCGCCAGGUCCACCCAGACCAGGAGCCCCAGGGCAGAUGAUGGGAGGCCCCCUUCCCCCUGGACCAACCCAGGGGACCAUGAUGAGAGGGCCUCCACCACCCAACAGUAUGGGAGGGGGCCCACCAAAUAGUAUGGGAGGGGGCCCACCAAUUAGUAUGGGAGGGGGCCCACCAAAUAGUAUGGCAGGGCCACCGCAACCCAGCAGUAUGGGAGGGGGCCCACCUCCCCACAGUAUGGGCGGGCCUCCGAUGGGUCAAGGGCCUCCAACAAGUCAGUUCAAUAGUAUGAAGAUUGCUGAUCAGAGAGCGCCUGCUCCAGUAAUGGGUGGAAAUAUGGGUCCUGGCGGUUUUCCUCCCCCAGGGGGCAUGAGAGGCCCCGUCCCUCAACAGAACUUGGGAGCACCACCAAUGUCAUCACAUCAACCUCCCACCAUGGGUUCACAACAGACUAAUUUCGGUGCACCAAGCAUGGCGCCUACACAGACUAAUUAUGGUGCCCCACCAUCUAGUAUGGGACCCCCUCAAACAAACUUUGGAGCACCACCAAGCAUGGGUCCUCCUACUUCUGUGGGGGCACCACCCCAACCAGGGAUGCCACCAAUGGGCGGACAAGGGUUCCCUCCAACAAGUGCACCACCCACCAGUUUUGGACAAUCUCCAGUGAGCAUGGGAGGUGGGAUGCCCCCAGGGCCGGGAACUCAACCAGGAUUCUCACAUCAACCAGGCCCGGGUGGAUUCCCUCCCCCUGGUCCCCCUGGUCCCCCGGGACCACCUACUAGUCAGUAUAGUGGUUACGUAGGUCCACAGAUGGGACAGGGGAUGCCACCUCAACCAGGUGGGCAGCCCGGGGGUCAGUUUCAAGGAGGUGGUGGUCCUCCAGCAGGGCCCCAGGGAUUCGGCCAGCAACAAUUUCAGUAUGGUGCUGGUGGACAGAGACCACAGGCACAACCACAGCAACCAAGGAGGUUGGAUCCUGACCAGAUGCCAAGUCCAAUUCAGGUGAUCGAAGAUGACAGAAGGAAUCGGAGUGGAUUAUUCCAGACAAAUGCAAAAGGAACAGUUCCACCUUUGGUUACAACAGAAUUCAAUGUUCAAGACCAAGGAAUGAGCAACCCUCGUUUCAUCCGCUCAACAAUGUAUAAUGUGCCUUGCACAUCGGACAUGAUUAAAUCAAGUCAUAUCCCCUUUGCUCUCUCCAUCACUCCAUUUGCCAAACUGCCUGAAUCGGAGCAAGUACCCCCUCUAGUAGACUUGGGUGAACUGGGGCCAGUGCGCUGCAAACGCUGUAAGGCCUACAUGAAUCCCUUUAUGCAAUUUAUCGAUGGUGGAAGGAGAUUCCAGUGUGUGUACUGUGGAGCUGCUACAGAAGUUCCAGCCGAGUACUUUGCGCACCUUGAUCAUACCGGGCGGCGAGUGGACUGCUACAACAGGGCCGAGUUGUGCCUGGGGACAUAUGAGUUCACUGCCACCAAAGACUAUUGUAAGAACAGUGUACUACCAAAGGAGCCAGCUUUCAUCUUCAUGAUCGAUGUUUCCUACAACAGCGUAAAGAGUGGGUUAGUCCAGCUUGUCUGUGACAACCUCAAGGACGAAGUUCUUGUCAACUUACCAAAGGAGACUGGUAUGGAUGAGUCGGAGAUCAGGGUAGGAUUUGUGACAUACCACAAGGAGUUGCACUUCUACAAUGUUAAGAGUACACUGGCCCAGCCUCAGAUGCUGGUUGUGUCUGAUGUGGAUGACAUGUUUGUCCCCCUGUUGGAUGGAUUUCUAGUCAAGUUAUCCGAGUCUGAAGCUGUUAUUGAUAGUCUCCUUGCCCAGAUUCCAGUGAUGUUUGCCGAGUCGAAGGAGACAGAGACAGUGUUUGCUCCAGUUGUCCAGGCUGGACUAGAUGCUCUGCGGUCAGCGGACAGGACAGGCAAACUGUACAUCUUCCACACGACGCUGCCCAUAGCUGACGCCCCGGGCAAACUGAAGAACAGAGAUGACAGAAAACUACUGGGCACUGAGAAGGAGAAGGCUAUCCUGACUCCUUCCAGCAACUUCUACACCAAGCUGGGGCAGGAGUGUGUGGCUGCAGGUUGCAGUGUGGAUCUGUUUCUCUUCCCCAACGCCUACACAGACAUUGCCUCCAUGGGGGAGGUGUGUCGACUCACGUCGGGCAACAUGUACAAGUACAGUUACUUCCAGGCUGAUAUAGAUGGAGAGCGUUUCAUUGAGGAUCUUAAGCGGAAUGUGAUGAGGCCAAUUGCAUUUGAUGGCAUUCUCCGAGUCAGAACUAGUCAGGGCAUACGUCCUGUAGAUUUCUUUGGCAACUUCUACAUGUCGAACACAACAGAUGUGGAAAUGGCUGCCAUAGAUUGUGACCAGUCCAUCAAUGUUGAUAUUAAACAUGACGACAAGCUUAAUGAGGCGGAGGGUGCUUAUGUGCAGGUUGCGGUGUUGUACACAACAGUGAGUGGACAGCGGCGGUUACGAGUUCACAACCUCGCCUUCAACUGCUGCACGCAGAUGGCAGACCUCUUCCGCAGCUGUGAACUGGAUGUUCUUGUCAACUACCUGUCAAAAUACACCAUCGGGAGCACACUCAAUUCAAACCCCAAGCAGGUGCGUGAGUAUGUGAUGAACGAGGUAGCCCAGAUCCUUGCUUGCUACAGGAAGAACUGUGCGAGCCCCUCGUCAGCUGGGCAACUCAUCCUGCCAGAGUGUAUGAAGCUUCUGCCCCUCUACGCUAACUGCGUACUGAAGAGUGACGGGGUACAGGGAGGUUCGGAGAUAUCAACAGAUGACCGCAGCUAUCUGAUUCACCUCAUCAACUCGAUGAAUGUUGAAACGUCCAAUGUCUUCUUUUACCCUCGGCUCAUGCCACUGCAUGAGAUUGAUUUGGAUGGAACCGAUGACCCAGCAGCUAUCCGCUGUUCACAUGAGCGACUGCAGGAUUCCGGGAUUUACCUACUAGAAAAUGGACUUUCAAUGUUUGUGUGGAUUGGUCACAACGCUGAUCCAGAUUGGAUACAAAAGAUAUUUGGAGUUCAAAGUGCAGCUCAAAUUGAUAUAGAUAAAUGCCAACUGCUGCCCCUGGACAACCCAAUCUCACGGCGGGUCUGUGAAACUAUUUCAAAAGCAAGAAGCAAGAGGAAUCGCUUCCUGAAGUUGACAAUCAUUCGCCAGCGGGACAAACUAGAACCAUGGUUCAAUCAUUUCCUGGUGGAAGACAAGGGACUGAAUGGAAGUGCCUCAUACGUGGAUUUCCUGUGUCAUAUACACAAAGAGAUUCGCAAUAUUCUCAGUUAAUAUCACAGCUGCCCACAAAGUCUGUGGACGACACACCCAAUCUUUCAUCUGAAGUCCAGAGUGCCAGAAGAAAACUAGUGAUAUCAGACAUGCUUGUCAAUAUUCUUGUCUUGAUAAGUACAGAAAUGUGACAAAACAAUGUUUGCUAACAGAAGUUCAACCAAGGAUUCACUAUUAUGAUCUUGUGAAACUGAUAUAUGCUUCAAGAUGGAUGCUGUCUCACACGGAGAUGACGUUAGGAUGAGAGUGGAAUAAGUCAAUUCUUUAUUUGAAGAAUUAUGUGUAUGGUUUUAGAUCUUUUGUAACGGUGUAUGUAUGAAUUAUUUCAAAGAUAUAUUGUCAGCCCUGUUUCAGUUGCUGAAGCAUAUGGAUGGUGCAAACUGAAUUGUUGAUAGCUUAGGACAAAUCAAACAUUAUAUUGUGCUGUCAUGACGAAUAAUGUGAUGGAACAGAAAUAAGAUUGGUGUAAUAAUAUGGCGAUACAGUAUUUUAAGUUGUACUGUAUUGCAAUACGAAUCACCAUGUUUGUUGUGAUCAACAGUUGGUGCAAUCAAUAUAUGAAGUUGUUGAAAAAAUAUACUGAACAAAAAAAAGACUCAGGAUCAUGAAUAUUUUUUGGAUAUUUCAUAUGAAAUUGUGUGCUCAGUCUUCACUACAAAACAUCUCCCAAAAUAUUCAUUAUCUCUAACUUUUUUGUUCAGUAUAUAAUAUAUAUGUAUUAUUUUAUCUCUCAUUUUGAGUUUUAGGAACAUUUGUCUGUGAAUGAAAGCAUGUUUGACUGUUACUUUGUUACCAUAUUUUAACCACUGUACAUAAAAUCCUGCUUUUGUACAUAGGUUCAGUUGACACUGUAAAUUCUACACAAUCAGUCUUUAAUGCAUAUUUAUUGUGUGUACAUCACAAGAUCGUGACUGCAUUGCUUUAAGAGGUCAUGUUCAACACGGCCAUGAAUUUCAUAUCCUCAGUCAGGGCUGUAGAUAAAUAUAGAGUAGCUGCUAAUCAGCAUAUAUAGGUGUUUGUGCCAUGAGCUAAUCAAAUUAGGUCAAGUAUGUAAAACAGGUAAUUGUCUGAGUGGUUCUGAUUUUGUUAAUACAGAUCUUCAAUUGACUACUUAACACCAGAUGCACUCAGAGCAAUUCAGCUAGGGAAUUCAGACAUCAAAUCAUGCUUAAAGAUUAGGAACUCUAGUCUUUGUCCAGGGCUGUUACUGAUUUAACCAAGGUAACAAGAACCCCUGAUCAUCGCUGACUGCUAAUGUAGUUACAUCUUUGCUGUACAAUUGAUAUGCAUGCUGCAGUCCACUGACCCAGCCUGUAUCAUACAGUGGAAAAAUAAACAAAUAUUUUGUC